UAGGCCUACAGCUGUUAUAAGCGGCUAGGAAUAGGGAAGUAAAGUGGCAGUUGGCAGAUCGUAUUGCUGAAGUAAGGCAUCAGCGAUGGAACAAGAGGUUUGUCGACUGGGCUCGUCACGGCACUGAGUGUGGGCUCUUGCAGGCUCCCAUAUAUUCAGGAACCAGUACAUGCCCAGUACUUACCAACAGUGCGUAAUAGAGACGCGACCGACCGGCGAAAUCCCAAGCUGCUAACGAGCCAAUCAGUAGCGAAAAAACAAAAAAAACAUGGAACUUGGGAAGGAAACCUAAAAAAAGCUUCGGAAAAUGGCAGAUGGAUAACUGAAACACAAAUUUCGAUACCCUACUCUCUUUCAGUAACGGUAAUCCAUUGACCUGUCACCGAUUGCAUCACCUGAGCUCUGGGUCAUGGUGAUCACCUGAAGAACAUCCACCCCUACCACCCAUCUCAAGAAUUUCCCCCUUAUGCAAACUAGGAGGAGGGAGUUUCUUCAUAUGAUCCCUACAAAAAUUAUUUCAUCAUUAGAACUAAGAUGUUAAAUAUCCUGGCACGACAGACAUGGAGACAGCCAGUGCUAUGUUCCUCUAAGGUGCUGAUGGCUACGAGGACUCUGGCCGGUGAACAACAGGCACGAGUGAGACCCAGUAACUUAGGACCUCAGGAGAAGACCAAGACCUCUCACUACCUCAGGAGCUGGUACUCAAUCAUCUACCAUCAUUAUAAUGACACGACCAGCCAGCCAGAAGCAAAGUUAUUUAUUUCUUAUUUCCCCAAAAUUAAAACUGUCCUGAAGCCAAUUUUUGAUGAAGUGUUGACUAUACUUCAGUGUCAAGGCUACAGCUGGGAGGAAGUGAAGGAAUAUAGGGGAGUUCUCUUGCUGUCACCGAGUCAGUUGAGACGACGCCUACAAAUCUUUCAUGACUUCUCCAUUGACAGACCUACGCUGCAUCAGGUAUUUUAUGUGUCGGAGUUCUUGGACUGUAAUACAAGUGUUCUGAGAGUCAAUGGAGUUUAUUCUCAAGGCUAUGACAUUUUGCCUCACCUCCUAGACAGUGUCAAAGAUCUCAGUCUUCCUCAACAUAUACUUGACCAGUUUGACUCACAGUUUGACGACACUGUUCCUCUGAAGGACAUAUACCUGUAUCUUCUGAAGCACUACUUAGCACAGAGGUUUUCAAGGGACAUUGAUGACAUCGAGAUGUUGUUUGACAAGGUUGGACUCCCUACCUGGAAGUCACUUGCUGCCUACGUUCACAUCUGUGAUAUCAUUAUCAAUUCAUUAGGCCUUGAUUUUGAAACGAUACAAGCCAACCCACUCUUGUUAAACUUGGAACCUGAAGAAGUGAAGAAAGUUUUGGAAAGAUACCCAAACAUUGGCAAGUCUUCAACAGUAGAUAUCAUUAAGGAAUUUCCCAACUUCCUUUUUAUACCAUUUUUGAAAAUAGACCUCUGGCUAACUCUGCUUCACAGGUAUAAAGUAACAGAAUUCACCGUUGAUGAGUACACUUUACGCCUUUUUAAAAGCACUGCCUUCAAGGAUGUUGAAAAGAGAUUGCAAGUUUUGAUGGAGCUUCCUGAAUGGAAGGUCAUCUGUAUGUCUGAGAAGUUGCUCCGUAUUCUGCGAGACUCAAAAUCUGUUAAGGAGUUAUUAAACGCUGCAGAAGCUGGAUCACUAGUAACUAUAGCAUCAGCCAUACAGGAAACUGGCGUGAAGACAAAGUUUCAUCGCAUUCAACGAGUCUCUUCAGAGCUGAUUUUAUACGUGGCACAGGAACUUGAUGUAGAGAAGCAUGAGGCAAGAGAAUUACUACAGGAAGACUUUCAACUACAAUAUGGAAUAGCCAAUGUUAAGAUGGUGCUCCAGCUGCUCUUUGACUUCGGGUUUACACGCGAACAGAUAAUAAAUGGUAUUCUGGUUCUGAACUUUGAAUACGGUGUAGUUGAACAGGGGCUGCGAGAGUUUCCUUCCAGAACAGAGGCUCAGCCGUUUCAUGAAUGGAUGGAGAAUCCAUUUGUUCUCCAACUCUUGGCUUACUGCAUCAAAAAGGAUGUCCCGCAUCUUGAGUUUCCCUUCAGAAGAUAAUAGGAUGUGCCUAUACAGAUGUCUCAUGUAUGGUUAAGAAUUAAUUAAACAUUAUUUUCUU